AUUGAGCAGAGAGAGCAGCACAGCACCAAAACAAAAACACGAUUCAGAACUCAACUCAGUAACCGGACAAACCCAACAUUUGUGGUUUACCGCUCCUCUCUCUCUCUAUAAAUCUCUUUCUCUCUCUAAAAAAUCACUGCGAUUUCCUCGCUUCCCGUGCCUCCCCAAUAUUACAAAAACCAUAACCAAAAUCCCUAAUUUCUCCCUUCCAAUUUCCUGCAAUUCACAUGUUCUAUCACUAACUCCCAAAAACAAAAUCCGAUCUCUGCUCGUUGCGGUGGCGGUGGUGGUGGUGGUGAGAUUGAGAUCUGAUCUGUUUCUGCUGCUGCUGACGGUGGUGGGGGUGCCAGAGAAAAGUUUACUGUUUCUGCCAUUUUCGCUAUGAUUUCGUAUUCAGUGCAUUGAUUUCGUUCUGUCUUACCUUUUUCUUUUUCGCGAUUCCCGAGACGAUAGUUUUGGCAGGUCUUGUUUCAUAAGGAAGAUUUGUUCUUAUUAUCUGGAUCUAUCACGGUUUUUGUCUUUUUGAUAGUCCUAUUAUCCUUUGGAUCUGCUUCAAAAACCCUGCAUUUUGAUGAUUAUUAUUUAUCAUAUUUAUGCAUAAGCCUGUCUUCUCUUGAAGGGUGUUUUUUUUUCAUUUUUUAAAGAUUUGUACUGUUUUUUGCCUGGAGUAGAAUCUGUUUUAGAUUUACUCCAGGCCUGAAUAAUUGUUACUGUUGUGUUUGUUUUGCCAAUGUCCUCGGUGGAGGUUUAUUUAUGACUUCUGGCGAGCUUCUGCUUGACUCAUUGGAUCUUUCUGCACCAUCUUUGCCUCACCAUUCUCGUAGAUUUGGCUCCUUGGGCUGUCUUUGCCCCAAUGAUUCAUUUGAUUCUUCCACCCCUGAUGACAUUCAAAACACUCGUUGUGUUUCUUUAGAUUCUUUGGAGAACUGCGACGAAGCUGAAGACACCAGCUUCCGUAGUCCUGUUUUUGCCGGAGAAAAUUUUGUUUCCCUUGCAACAAAACAGCAGCCCCAUUCUGUUGACUCUCAGGGCUUUGACGGGCUCUCAGUGGGAUGCCCUAUGCAGGAGCAUCCACGUCUUGUAAUGUGGGGGGGUGCAAUGGAACUGCCGCAUGGUAAUAAUAAUGCCACUCUUCCUGCUAGCUUUGAAAUUACUAAAGGUCCAGCUUUGGUUAGUGCUAAAGGGGGAUCUAGAGCUUCAUCUUCGCUUCAUGAUAAAUUGGCAAAAUCUCAGAGAAGGAACCGCCACAAAAGUGUGCAGUUUGACGAUCAUGUCCUGUGUGAAGAAGACGCCAGGUUUAUCUACAUCAAUGAUCCUAGGAGAACUAAUGACAAGUAUGAGUUCACUGGGAAUGAGAUCCGAACUAGCAAGUAUACAUUGCUUACCUUCUUGCCCAAAAAUAUCUUCAUUCAGUUCCAUCGGGUGGCUUAUUUGUAUUUUCUAGCUAUUGCUGCCCUCAAUCAGCUUCCUCCGCUUGCUGUAUUUGGGAGAACAGUGUCCCUUUUUCCUCUUCUGUUUGUGCUUUGUGUAACAGCUAUUAAGGAUGGUUAUGAAGACUGGAGAAGGCACAGAUCAGACCGUAAUGAGAACAACAGAGAAGCUUCAGUGCUACAAUCUGGCCAGUUUCUUCCAAAAGAAUGGAAAAAGAUUAGAGCUGGUGAAGUGGUGAGGAUCUCUGCUGAUGAGACAAUUCCUUGUGACAUGGUCUUACUCGGGACAAGUGAUCCUAGUGGCGUUGCUUACAUCCAAACAAUGAAUUUAGAUGGCGAGUCUAACUUGAAGACUAGGUAUGCUAGACAAGAAACAUCCUUAGCAGUAUCUGAAGGGUGUGGGAUCACAGGGCUGAUCAGAUGUGAGCAACCUAAUAGGAAUAUUUAUGAGUUCACAGCCAAUAUGGAGUUUAACAACCACAAGUUUUCCCUCAGCCAAUCAAACAUUGUUUUGCGUGGUUGUCAGCUAAAGAACACGAAUUGGAUAAUUGGUGUUGUGGUGUAUGCUGGUCAGGAAACAAAAGCAAUGUUGAAUAGUGCAGCAUCUCCGGCCAAGCGAAGUAAGCUGGAAAAUUACAUGAACCGGGAAACACUAUGGCUGUCUAUUUUUCUUUUCAUCAUGUGUCUGGUUGUGGCUCUUGGAAUGGGUCUUUGGCUUGCACGCUAUAAGGACCAGCUUGACACCUUGCCUUACUACAGAAAGGUAUACUUCACACAUGGCAAGGAUUAUUUAAAAAGAUACAAAUACUAUGGCUUACCUAUGGAGAUAUUCUUCUCCUUCUUAAGUUCUGUAAUAGUGUUUCAGAUAAUGAUCCCUAUUUCUCUUUAUAUUACAAUGGAGUUGGUUCGUUUAGGACAGUCCUAUUUUAUGAUUGGAGAUGGGCAUAUGUAUUGCACAAGUUCUGGUUCAAGGUUUCAGUGCAGAUCUUUAAAUAUAAAUGAGGAUUUAGGUCAGAUACGUUAUAUUUUUUCAGACAAAACAGGGACACUUACAGAGAAUAAAAUGGAAUUUCGUAUGGCAAGUGUGUAUGGGAAAAGUUAUGGAGGCUCCUUGGAUUUGGCUGACCAAUUUCAGGAAGAGAACGUUGCAGCUACAUCUUCCAACAGGAGAUGGAAACUUUCAUCCACAAUUGCUGUGGAUUCCAAACUUAUGAAAUUGCUGCACAAGGACUUAGUUGGAGAUGAGAGGAUUGCUGCACAUGAAUUUUUCCUUACACUGGCUGCAUGUAAUACUGUCAUUCCUAUUCGUACUUGUGAUACAUCUUCUAGUUGUGCUGAGAAUCAACUUCAGGAAGAUGUAGAAACCAUUGAAUAUCAGGGUGAGUCUCCUGAUGAACAAGCACUGGUUGCUGCAGCCUCUGCUUAUGGAUAUACUUUAUUUGAACGUACAUCUGGCCACAUAGUAAUCGACGUUAAUGGUGAGAAGCUAAGGUUUGAUGUAUUGGGUAUGCAUGAAUUCGAUAGUGUGAGGAAAAGAAUGUCAGUUGUUAUCAGAUUUCCAGACAACUCUGUGAAGGUACUGGUGAAAGGUGCUGAUACUUCCAUGUUCAGUAUUUUAGCCAAAGACAAUGAGGGAGAUGAUAAUGUAAGGUGUGCGACACAAUCUCAUUUGACUGAAUAUUCAUCAGAAGGUCUGCGUACACUUGUGGUUGCUGCAAGGGAUCUUACAGAAGAAGAACUUGAGCUGUGGGAAAGUAGGUUUGAAGAUGCAAGUACUUCUUUGACUGACAGAGCAACAAAACUACGCCAAACAGCAGGGCUUAUAGAAUGUGAUUUAAAUCUCCUUGGGGCUACUGGGAUUGAAGACAAAUUACAGGAUGGUGUGCCAGAAGCCAUUGAGUCUCUUCGUCAAGCAGGGAUUAAGGUGUGGGUUCUGACAGGAGAUAAGCAAGAGACGGCAAUUUCCAUUGGCCUCUCUUGCAAACUCCUGACCUCAAAUAUGGUGCAAAUAAUUAUAAAUGGCAAUUCAGAGAAUGAAUGCAGGAGACUUUUGACUGAUGCCAAGGCCAAAUAUGGUGUAAAAUCAUCAAAUGCGGCAUAUGGCAGUAAGAAUGCGAACAUUGACUACCGUGAGACAUCUGAAGGCAAGAAAGAAGAAGUAGUAAGUGGGCCACUAGCACUUAUUAUUGACGGGAAUAGUUUGGUCUACAUUUUGGAAAAAGAACUGGAAUCAGACCUUUUCGAUCUCGCAAUUUCCUGUAGGGUUGUGUUGUGUUGUCGUGUUGCCCCAUUGCAGAAGGCAGGAAUUGUUGAUCUAAUCAAGAGCCGGACUGAUGAUAUGACACUUGCUAUUGGUGAUGGGGCAAAUGAUGUUUCAAUGAUCCAAAUGGCGGAUGUUGGUGUUGGAAUAUGUGGUCAGGAAGGACGUCAAGCAGUGAUGGCAUCUGAUUUCGCUAUGGGACAGUUCCGAUUUUUGAAAAGAUUGCUUCUGGUUCAUGGACACUGGAAUUAUCAGCGCAUUGGUUAUUUGGUUCUCUACAACUUCUACCGUAAUGCUGUUUUUGUAUUAAUGCUAUUCUGGUACAUAUUAUUCACAGCUUUUUCAACGACUUCAGCAUUGACCGAUUGGAGUAGUGUUUUCUAUUCUGUUAUAUACACUUCCGUCCCCACCAUUGUUGUUGGUAUUCUGGACAAGGAUUUAAGCCAUCGCACACUGUUGGAUUAUCCAAAACUCUAUGGUGCAGGGCAUAGACAGGAGGCUUACAAUAUGCAUCUCUUUUGGAUCACAAUGGCUGACACGCUAUGGCAGAGUCUCGUUCUCUUCGCUAUACCGUUGUUCAUUUAUAAUGAGAGCACAAUUGAUAUAUGGAGCAUGGGCAGCUUGUGGACGAUUGCUGUUGUCAUCCUUGUUAAUAUACACUUGGCAAUGGAUGUCCAGCAUUGGGUAUAUAUUACUCAUGCUGCUGUUUGGGGAUCAGUGGUUAUAACAUUUGCCUGUGUUGUUGUGUUGGAUUCUAUACCUAUCUUCCCGAAUUAUGGGACUAUUUAUCACAUGGCCAAGUCACCGACCUAUUGGCUUACCAUUUUGCUCAUAGUAGUAGCAGCCUUGCUCCCUCGUUUUCUUUUUAAAGUUGUACAUCAAAUUUUUUGGCCUUCAGAUAUUCAAAUUGCCAGAGAAGCUGAGAUUCUGAGAAGAGAUCCUGAUUAUUUGAGAUCUAGACCUGAAUCACGUUCUAGUUAACUUGUAAAUUACUUCCUUGUAGACAAACACAUAUACACGCAUAGACGUAACUUCUCUCAAGGUGCCCAUCAUUAGCUUUCCUGUAGCAAGCAGUUCUGAUGCUCAACUGUAAAUAAAGCAAGCAGGAUUUGGACAAAAUGACCAAAAAUAGACAGCAGAGCGCAUAACCAUGUACAGGAUGAGAAAGGAAUGAGGGAUGGUCUGCAUCAAAUAGAAGUUAAAUCAAGCAGAAACUGAGCACUUGAAGAAACGGGAAGUUGGUUUUGGGUGCAGAGUAUUCAUAAGGUUCAGAGUUUAUACUCAGAUGUCGAUGCCCUAAAGUGGUUUAAAAGAACAGUGAGAAAAUGAAGUAAAUAUUAAAUUAUGUGUAGAGAUCAAGUUUGAUGAUUUCUUCCUCUUAGUUACAACUGGGUAAAAGCUCCGCAACUGUUGUUUUGCCUUUUUGUCAGUCCUUACGAGCUCAAGGUAUCGUCCAGUACAGGGCACUUCCAGCUUCUUGGUGGGUGAACAUUGUGCUACAGCCACAUUCGUACAUGCAUGGACGUAAGUCCAUCUUCUGCAGAAUCUUGAGGUAAUUGCUGGAAUCGCUUUAGCGACGAAUGGAAAAAAAAUUGAGGAAGAUGAAUGCAAGUUGUUCUGAUGCAUUGCAUUUGAUUAUGUAAAUGAUAUAGUAGAAAACUAGGUUUUGUAGGCUGCUGCUGUUUGGUAAGAAACUGUGACAUUAAUUUUGUGUUUGAAUCUAUCUAUCAUGUGCUA